AACACUCGUAGGCGCAGGAUAAGACCCUGCGCCCCGUAUGCCUUCCUCUCUCAACUGCACCUUCACUUGCAGCACCACCAUCAACAAUGGGUUCAAGUUCCACUUCAAUUAUUUUCCUCUCGUCUCAUCCCAAGGUUGCUGCUUCUCUCAUUUGUUACUCCUUCGCGUAUCGCAAAAUCCCUCAUCCAGUUAUCCUUUCCCUAUCUUGUGGUUUUGCAGAUAGUAUUUCGCGUCCAUUCUCCAAGGAACGAUGUAGAAAACGGAUUGAUCGAUGGCUACCGUGCGAAGCUUGUUACAUUUCCCAAUUCUCUCCCUUUUCUCUUGAAGAGAAGAAGUUAUCUUAAAUUCAAGAAUUUCGUACCAAAGGCUGCGUCUCGGCCUGAUGGAGGUUCGAGCCGAACGCCUGGAGGUCGGAGGGUGUAUAAGCAAUCACAAGGCGUCAGGCCUUCCCCUCGAGUUCCCGCUCAGGAGCUCGUCUCUUUGGUUGUACCGGCAGGCGUAUUUGUAGUUGUCACAUUCGUUAUAUGGAAGCUGGUGGAAAAAUUGCUUCUGCCAAAAUCAGGGCGAGCUUCAACAGAGGAAAACAAAUCUUCCGUACCAGGAAUCAAAUGGUCAUUUGCUCCGGGCACAAAUUUGUCACAAGGCAAUAGUUUCAAGAUUGAAAGGGAGUCCAGACAAAGGCUGAAUGAUUUUGCCAAAGAACUUAGGUCUUUCAGAAACGUUGACAUGUCAGGUUGCAACUUCGGGGAUGAGGGACUUUUCUUUCUUGCUGAGAGCUUAGGUUACAAUCAGAGUGCAGAGGAAGUGGAUUUCUCUGCUAAUGGAAUAACUGAAGCAGGAGUGAAGGCAUUUGAUGGUAUCCUUCAAUCAAAUUUUGUUUUGAAGAGCCUUAAUCUUUCUGGAAACCCCAUAGGAGAUGGAGGAGCCAAGUGUCUGUCUGAUAUUUUGGUGGGAAAUAGUGGUAUUCAAAAGCUUCAGUUGAAUAGUACUGGUCUGAGUGAUGAGGGAGCAAAGGCUAUUUCAGAGAUGCUGAAAAAAAAUUCAAGCUUGCGUGUUCUUGAGUUGGACAACAAUAUGAUAGACUAUUCUGGAUUUACAAGUCUUGCUGGGUCACUUCUUGAGAAUAACACAAUUCGGACGAUACAUCUCAAUGGCAAUUAUGGUGGUGCUCUUGGUGCUGCUGCUCUAGCUAAAGGGAUUGAGGGCAACAAGUCUUUGAGGGAGCUUCGCCUGCAUGGAAACUCAAUUGGCAAUGAAGGAGUACGGGCUCUGAUGGCAGGUUUAUCUGCACAUAAAGGUAAAGUUACACUUUUAGACAUUGGCAACAACGAGAUUAGUCCGAAAGCUGCCUUCCAUGUUGCUGAAUAUAUCAAGAAAAGCAAGAGCCUGUUAUGGUUGAAUCUUUACAUGAAUGACAUUGGUGACGAGGGGGCUGAAAGAAUUGCUGAUGCUUUGAAACAUAAUCGUACGAUAACAACGGUAGAUUUGGGUGGAAAUAAUAUCCAUGCAAGUGGGGUCAAUGCCAUUGCCCAAGUUUUGAAAGAUAAUCCUGUCAUUAAGACUUUGGAUCUUGGGUAUAAUCCCUUUGGACCAGAUGGUGCAAAAGGUCUAUCUGAAGUGCUUAAGUUUCAUGGGAAGAUAGAAACACUCAAGCUUGGGUGGUGUCAGAUUGGAGUGAAGGGAGCAGAGUUCAUUGCAGAUACUCUGAAAUAUAAUACAACCAUAUCGACAUUGGAUUUGCGGGCCAACGGGAUCGGAGAUGAAGGUGCAAUUCGUCUUGCUCAGAGCUUGAAAGUCGUUAAUGAAGUGUUAACUUCUCUUGAUUUAGGAUAUAAUGAAAUAAGAGAUAAGGGGGCAUUUGCUAUUGCUCAAGCACUGAAGGCAAAUGACGAUGUUGCAAUCACAUCCUUGAACCUUGCCAACAACUUCUUUACGAAAUAUGGGCAGAGUGCUCUGACAGAUGCUAGAGACCUUGUAUAUGAGAUGAGUGAAAAAGAGGUCAACAUUUUUUUCUAGAUGACUUCACAAAUCCAAGGUUCUCCUUUUUCCCCCCUUUUAAAUUGUUCUGUUUAGAUUGUUGAAAUGAGGUCAUGCGUAUCUGAGGCUUUUCAGUUCCACUUCUACCGGCAAUUAAGUAGAAAGAGAUCCAUCCAUGGGUUUAAACUCGAGUGGAAUUAUUUGAACAGAGUUUUUAAUCUCAUUCAAUGGAGAAAUUAGAAAUUUUGACGGUUAUUGGAAGUAGCAUAAAUUCCUUGGGAA